CGUCAAGGGCAGAUAACGUCUGUUAAACAUGGCUGCUCCUGUGGUCGAUUGGCUUUGUGGAGAAUUGUCCAGAUUAGGGAUCGAAAUUACCGAAGAAAAUGCCAGAUUGAAUCUUCAAGGCAGAGUAAAAUGUCAGGGCUAUCAGCAUGACCUAGUUGAUACACAUUUGAUUCCAGAGAGAACAGAUUCAACUUUAGUUUGCCGCUAAUCUGGCUGGUGUGAACUUGUAAGGUGGAUGUUGGGUGCUGUAGAAACAUUGUCCUGAACACCUGACUCAGGUGGUGUUAGAUCUGCAUUGACAAGCAGACCUCCUAGGAGGUAUAUUCUUACUAUUGACAAUGUCCAAGACGUUGAAGACUAUAUGAGUGAACUACUUGACACUUCUGAUUCCCGUGUACAGUUAUUUCUUAGUCAUUUUCUUAAACAAUGGAAGCAACCUGUGAUAAAACCACUUGCCAACUCAAAACAAUCUAUCAAAGAACCCAGUAGUUCUAAUAAUCGAGAAAAAACUCAGACACUGCCACCUAAGCUUUCCAACAACACAGCAUCUCCCAAAAAUCUUCCGAGUAAGUUUUACCAAAAAAACAAAAGUGGAGAAGACUAUUUUGGGGGUACAACAAAAAAGACUAAGUCAAAGGGUGCUAAACCCAAAGUUCCUGAGCCAGUUUCGAAUAAGGUUCCAACACCCAAAGAAUCACAAUCUAAUGGCACACAAGCUAAGACAACCAAUGAAAAUACCCUCAAAAAGAAGAAAAAGUUUGUAUCCCUCUACAGCAAUGAAGGGAUUGCACGAACUGUCGUCAAAAUACCUGGAAGACAUAGUUGUGAUUGCCAAGCACUAAAACAUGAUUUAGUUAAUAACUGUAUUGAAUGUGGUCGGAUUGUUUGUGCACAAGAAGGGGCUGGACCUUGUUUAUUCUGUGGAAACUUGGUGUGCAGUAAGGAGCAAGAAAAGGUAUUGGCUGAGGGUACAAAAAAAAGUGAAAAGUUACGGCAGGUCUUAAUGAAGGAUACAGACAAAGUAUUACAACUGAUAAAUAACCAAAUUCUAAGACUUUCCACAGAAAAUGGUGCCUGCCCUCAGUCAGCAGAACUGUCAAAAGCAGUAGAUUAUAAAAAUCGUCUUCUUGAUUAUGAUAAUACAAGUGUGAAACGAACCCAAGUCAUUGAUGAUGAUGCUGACUACUUUAGCUCUGAUUCUCAGUGGCUCAGCAAGUCUGAGAGGGAAGUUCUAAAGCGACGAGAAGAUGAACUACGAAAUAUUCGUUUUCAGUCAAGACGGGACCGUAAAAUAACUUUCGAUUUUGCUGGUAGGAGGAUAAUUGAUGAGGAAGAGGAAGCAUUUAAAAGUGGAACAAAUAUGUACGAAGAAGAAAAGAUAAGAUCACAGACCCAAGCACAAGAGGCGCCAUCAUCAGUGGUUUCCAGAAACAAUGACAUUCCUUUAGGUGAACUUGUCAACCCUUCCAUCAAAAUUGCUGCACCAAAAUUUGUCCAGCCGAAAGACAAGGUCUUUGAGUGUUCAUUUUCUAAAGCUGUUGAACAAGGAAAACGUUCAUCUAUUCGCUUGCAAGACAAAGAGAUUCAGGAAAUGAGAGAUGAAGGUUACUGUUUAAGUAUGCACCAACCAUAUGCUUCAUUACUCAUUGCAGGCAUCAAGUUACACGAGGGCAGAACAUGGUAUACUUCUCAUCGUGGAAAAUUAUGGAUAGCUUCAACGGCCAAGCCUCCACUCCAAGAUGAGAUUGAAUCAUUAGAAAGCAGCUACCAUACAAUGUAUAAAGAUACAGAUAUAGUGUUUCCUAAGUUUUAUCAACCUGGCUGUCUACUCGGUUGUGUAGAUCUAGUAGAUUGUUUAGAGCAAGGAGAUUAUCGAACCCAAUUUCCAGAUGGAGAGUCUGGCAGUCCAUAUGUAUUUAUUUGUCAAAAUCCAAAAGAACUUGUUGUGAAUUUCCCUAUUAAAGGAAAACAUAAAAUAUUUAAACUCGAUCCACACAUCCACCAGGGUGCCAAAAAAGGACUCCGCAAAAAUGUUUAUGAUGAAGGAUAAAUUGCCAACAUCAGUAGUCAUUCUAUUAUGCUUACAAUCUCUGCUGACAUUGACUGCAUAAAUGAUACACAUUGCAUUCAGCCUUAAAAAUUAAAACAACUGGGGAUCUACAUAAAAAAAAAAAAACAUUUUAUUUUUGUAUUCUAAUUAUAUUAAAUUUAUAGAUCUCAAGUCUGGUUUCCAAUGGUUACACUGUUUACAUAUUUGUUUGUUUGUUUGUUGUUUUCCUGGCAAUCCAAGAGAUAAAAAUAAAUCUCAACUCUAUACAGUUCAAACUGCCUGUUACAUUAGGUCUUCACCAGUUCCUGUUAUUUUAGUUUAGUUUACUCAUCUGUUUUAUAGAUGAGUUUUGUAUUGAAGAGGCUUUGCAGGUUUCUCGUUAAACAUUAUAGUUCAUUAAAAUAUUCACAGUUGUCAUUACUCAAUAUUUAAAUGGUUUUGUUUAUGGUUUGUUUGCUAUAAAUGCCAAAGUUUAGAUAUUAGCCGAAAACAUUGCUGUUCUUGAGAAUUAAUCCCAAUACAAUUGAACCUAUAUUGAAAUAUGUUUCUGUAGAUGUUUCUCGGUAUUAUUUGAUUUCUUUACACUUGAACACUGAGAAGGGGUAAGCAUGAGUGACAGAAAGUAGGAGGCUGAAUUAAAUUCUAGAAUUGCAGGCCCUGACUCAGCUCCAGCAUUCAAUCUUCAAAUAAGGAGAGGUUGGUAAAAAAGGCAAACUUGCUAUCUUCAGUUCAGUUUUUGUUCUUAUCCUCACCUGAAUAUUAGGCACUGACCAAAAGAGUAAAGUCAUAAAUUCAAGCAGCCAAAAUAGGGUUCCUCGAAAUAGUCUCUGGACUAAUAUUACUUGAUAAGGUGUGCAUAACUCACAGAUCGGAGAGUUUCUCUAGGUUGAGCUGCAUUGAAAGGUCACAGCUGUAGUGCUAUGGACUUGUGAUUAGAAUGUCACAAGAUAGAUUCUUCAAGCCCUAGCUAGAGAUCUGGAGGCAGACCAAGAAUGAGAUGGUUGGACAAUAUCCAUAGUCUCAGCUGUUUAUGCUUGGGAAUCCAGCCAGAAAGUGUAAUGACAGUUGCUUACUGAUAGGACCCUAUGAAGGAGUGUCUGAGGACCCUACCUCUACAGCUCUUCCAUGAAUAGUGGAUGGAGAAGAUGGGUAAAUGGGCUUUACAUUUGUCUAAAAACUUUUUAAAUUUUCUUGGUUAAACAUACUAAAUUUAAUGAAAUCUAGUCACAUUUCCAAUAAUAUUGAAGAAAAGCUGCUACUUAAACACACAGACACGAAAUUCUGAUAUUUGCACAAAAUUCAUUAAAGUAAUUCCAAUAUAUGAAACCUGUGAUAUUAACUUCUUAAAACUCUAGAAUUGAUUAUUCAGUUCUGUUCUAAAAUUAGCCUAAUCUAAACUUUGUCAAUCUAGUAACUUCAUAACCCAUAUUAUUGUAUUUGAUAUUACAUUCUAUGUAGUCCAGUCUCUAAUUACCUUAGGUGUGCUCGCCCCCCCCCCCUCUUUUUUUCUCUGUUUAUGUAGUUAUUUGCUUUGCAGUCACGUCUAGAAUUCAGUCCAGCUUCUUCCCACUAAACAUCAAGCUGAGCAAUUCCUUGUAAGUGGUUGACAGAAGUUGUAUGUGUGUGACUGUUGCCCAGUUUCACUUCUUCACGUAAGACUACCUUAGGCACAGUUACAUGGCUUGUAGUAGCUCUGGCCUUUCAGAGUUUAAUUUAAGGGGAGAAAACGUUUCUUGAAAAACAGAUAAGGGUUGGUGACUGUAAGAGCAUCAGGUCAUAUAGUACUGUCUCCAAAUAAGUGUUGAUUCAACUAGUCCCAUUACGGGAAAAUAGAUGUAAAGUGAACAAACAAAUUCUCAUUUCCUUUUAGACUGGAUUUGAUUAUAAAACAAAACAUUUCACUCUAAUGCUGUCAUUCUUUGUCAAAAAAAAAAAUUGGAAGAUGAGCUUAAUAAUCAAAAAUUAAAAUUGUUGAAAUAGCUUACCUCAGAAAUUUAACUAUAUAAUUAUCUAAUGAGGUGAUAUUUUUAUUCCAAAGCCACCUUUUUAAGUUAUUUGUCAGUAUUUCAGUUCCUUAGUAAUUGUCCUGGAUAUUAUAAACAA